AUGGCGUCAAAUCGAGAGGCCAGAAUCCAGCAGGCCAUUCAAGACCUUGAAACACGCAAAUAUCCCUCGAUUCGCGCGGCCGCGGCCGCGAACGACGUGAACCACGCCACCUUAAGUCGCAGAUUAAGAGGCACGCAAUCGGCCACGCUCGCCCACGAACGAGAGCAGUUAUUGUCGAACACACAGGAGGAACUACUGAAGAGAUGGAUACUUGAUCUGGCGGCUCAGGGUCACCCGCCUAGCUAUUCUGCAGUGCGAGUUCUCGCAGGGAUAGUCAACAAGUCGUCUGGCGGCCCCGGUCUCGUCGGACACAACUGGCUACCACGGUUUCUCCAGCGACAUCCUGGUAUCCGUUCGAAGACGAUGCAAACAGCCAAAGAGGCAUUCAUGUGCGGCGACGGCGUCUACAACCAACAGGAAUGCUAUCUCCAACGACCCAAUUAA